AUGAACAAUCCGCUAGGGCAACACGGCGGAGGCGCGGUGGGCCUGCGCGCGGCGCAGGCCCUGGCGGCGGGCACGGGGCCACACGGGGCGAACGGGGGCGGAUCCCCGAGCGGCGGGGUUGCGGCGAUUGCCGCGGACGGCGCGGGCGGCGGGGCAGCGGUGGACCCGUUGAGCCAGAGCGCGGCAGAGACGUGGCUCUCGAUCGCGUCUUUGGCGGAGACGCUCGGCGACGCGGACCGGGCAGCGAUGGCGUACGACGCAACGCUGCAGUACAACCCGUCGUCGACUAAGGCGCUCACGUCGCUCGCGCACCUGUACCGGUCGCGCGAUGUGUUCCAGCGCGCGGCGGAGCUGUAUCAGCGGGCGCUAGCCGUCAACCCGGAGCUGGGCGACGUCUGGGCAACGCUCGGACACUGCUACUUGAUGCUGGACGACCUACAGCGCGCCUACGCGGCAUACCAGCAGGCGUUGUACCACUUGAGCAAUCCGAAUGUGCCGAAAUUGUGGCAUGGUAUUGGCAUUUUGUACGACAGAUACGGCUCCCUAGACUACGCCGAAGAGGCCUUUGCCAAGGUGCUCGAGCUCGAUCCACACUUUGAGAAAGUGAACGAGAUCUAUUUCCGCUUGGGGAUCAUCUACAAGCACCAGGGCAAGUGGAACCAGGCGCUGGAGUGCUUUCGCUAUAUUCUUCCGCAGCCUCCGGCUCCUCUUCAGGAGUGGGACGUCUGGUUCCAGUUGGGCAGUGUGUUGGAGUCGAUGGGAGAGUGGCAAGGCGCCCGAGAAGCAUACGAGCACGUCUUGUCGCAAAACGACCGCCACGCAAAGGUUCUCCAGCAGCUAGGCUGCCUUUAUGGUAUGAACAACGUCCAGUUCUAUGACCCACAGACUGCGCUCAACUUGUUAUUGAAGUCCUUGGAGGCAGACUCCACAGAUGCCACAACAUGGUACCACUUAGGCCGCAUCCAUAUGGUACGCAAUGAUUACACCGCUGCCUACGAUGCGUUCCAGCAGGCAGUCAACCGUGACUCGCGCAAUCCUACAUUCUGGUGCUCGAUUGGUGUUCUAUAUUAUCAGAUUUCGCAGUACCGUGAUGCCUUGGACGCUUACACGCGCGCGAUCAGACUGAACCCAUAUAUCAGCGAGGUAUGGUACGAUUUGGGCACUUUGUAUGAGACAUGCAACAAUCAGCUCAGCGAUGCCCUGGAUGCAUAUAAACAAGCUGUUCGCUUAGAUCCGAAUAACGUCCACAUAAGGGAGAGACUAGAGGCUUUGACUGCCCAGCUAGCCAACCCAGGGGCCCAGCAGCCUCAGCAGCAGCCUCAACAGCAACAGAUGCAACAGCCUAGAGGGCCAGCACCCAUUAUGUUGCAGCCAACAUUGCAGCAGCAAGACCAAACAAAUCCGUUGAAUAACAAACCUGCGUUCUACCGGUCCUCUCCCCACGGAGUUGCGGUUGCCGGAACAGAGUCCGCAGGCCACACACCAAUGUCAGGACGGCCUCAGCCGUUGCAGCAGUUGAACAAUAACGGAAGUAUCCUGGAACCGUCAUUGUUGCCGCAAAAGAGGCCUAUGGAGGGUGGAAUGGAUACAUUGGUAAAUGCCAUUUCGCAGCAGGAGUUGCAGCAACAUCAGAAGAAACAUAUGCCUUCUCAGAACCAUCCUAGUUUGGCCCUGGCUACAGGACAGCCGCAGCAGUUACCACCCGAUGCCGCUCCCAUAAUACCGCCCGAAAAGAAAGGUGCGCCUCUCCCCCAGUUUCAGAAAACUGAACCAGAGCAUGCGGCAAAAAGACUGAAGCACGAGCAGAAUAACGUAGAAGAGCAACCGGUCCGGUCUCGAACUAUACCUUCGAUUACGCACCCAGCUUCCAUGGACCAUUCUGGUCCGGGAGAUCAGAAUCACAUUCUAUCUGGGCCUUCAGUCCACGCAACCCACGUGUUACCUCCGGUAGCGGUAGCGGCAAAGGGAAGCGAGCGUUCUCAACCCGUUGCAAAUGGAAGCACCAUCAAGGAUCUCCAUGCUACGAAUACACUGCCACCCGUGACUGGCCCGAUUGUCAAUUCAGAUAAGCUGGGGAGCAAGGCGCCUCCUGAUACAUCAAAAGAGGCGGCGCAUGCAACAGCUCAAGCUGGAUUCCAUGACAAAGUCUCUCCAGGGCAGCCAGAUGUCGGGGAGAAGCCUAAGGAUUCCCGCGAGGUAAAAAGCGCUAAUACCGCUUCCACAGGUGCCCCCGUCAGGAAUCUCCCUCCGUUGGCCACGGCCGCUUCUCCAGAGUGCUCUUCUACCCACACUGAGAUAUCGGCAGCACCGAGUGAAAGCAUUACUGCUGCAGCAUCCGAGAACCUAGAAGACCAGGAGCCCAACUUAAAAACCAACUCAGCCAGUUCAGCAGUUGAUCUAGCGGAGCGCCAAAAGUCUUCUACAGAGGUUGCCACAGAUUAUCAUCCCGCAGCCGAAACAGCACCAACUGCUUCGAACAAAUUGCGUUCCACUGACCCACCAGCGCCUCCAGAUUUACACCAACCCCCAGCAGCCGAGUCCGCGGAACCUACCGCGAUAAAACCAAGCGCAGAUGCUAUAGAGAAGUUACAGGAGGAAGCAAGAAUGCGGCAGGAAGAAGAGCUUGAGGCUCUUCAGAAAAAGGCUGCGCAUAACGGCGUUGGUACUUCUACAGACUUGCCGAAAGAAAGCGUCAUUCGAAAAGUUGAAGAAGACGAAAACUACGACGACUGA